AUGCAUUUUCUGAAUGUCUGGUACCUUUUUUUAUAUCCAUGGAGUAAUUUUCUUUCAGAAAUAACAACCCAUUAUUUAUACGAAAGUUCUGCCCAUCGAAGCGUAACGUUCUGUGUCUUCUCCCAGUGUGGGGAGUAUUUAGGAUUUGUGGAAGAUCGUAGGCAUGUGAUUAUAUACAAGACGCGGCAGAUUCUAAAGUUUAUCAACCACGGACAAGUAAACGGCGUCGGCCGCGUUGUCGGUGAACAUCGCUGGAGAAUUAAUGGUCAGCCCAUAGACAUCUCGCCGGUUUUGUCAAUUGAAUCUACCGCUGGAGUUGGAGUGAAUUACAUUGUUUUCGGCGAUGGCGACAUCAAUAACUGUCGUCUUCCACACCGACUGGCUAAGCGUUGCUCAAUUGUUACGAAGUUCCCCGACAAGGUGUGCGUCAUAGCUGUAGCCAAAUCGAAUGGCUACAUUGAUGUGUACAAUCUAAAUCUGCUCAAGGAAAAUUACUCUCCCACUUUGGCUAAAAUGGUACUUGUCGACGGGAGCCAGCCAAUAGUGCAUCUGUCCAUGUCGACCAAUGGCGCUCUUUGUCUCGCCUCGACCAGUUGCCAGGGCGUUGUCAAGCUCUGGGACAUCUGGGACGACGGGAACAUGUACGCGACGCUCACCUCACCCAUGUUCCAACGGUCCCUUGUCAACGUCCCCUUCGUGGAUGUGGCGGCUUCACAGUCUCUAGUCCAAUCCGCGUCGAGCACACGGGUGUCGUUUUCCCCUCGAAAUUCAAUCAAUCGUCAGCAGUUGAGUUCGAACUGGGCGUCGUGGGUCGUCUUAUUUCAUCUCCAUCAACUUAGCCUUAGGGUCGUUUCAACGUCGUGUUCAUCCGUUUUUGACAUGCCACCAUCGGAACAGGCUGCAGUUCCUUACAAUUACGAGGUCUCCGUCACCGCGUGGCAUCCCAUCGAAAAGCACCUCUUCAUGGGCGACCAACACGGCCACGGAUUGGUUGUGGAGGCCGAACGCUACUACCGUCGGCUCCAUGAGAUUCGGCAUCACCACAUGAUCUCCGGUGCCGCCUACAGCCGCGACGGCGCCCUCCUCCUCACUGCCUCCUUCGAUGGAAGAUGCGCUGUUUGGGCUGUGCCCUCGUACACCUGUCUCCACCUCUACUGGUCAAUGGCUCAGCUUCCCGGCAUUGGUUGUGUCCCGUCGAAAGGUCACCUUUCCUACGAGAACAAGUGCGUUCGAAUGUUGAAGGUCAACGGUGUUAAUGAUCGACUUAUUGAUCAGGUGGCCCCUGAUCUCUACAUCGCGUACAUUUAG